UACCUAAGCUUCAAGAGCCGUGUGCAAAAGCAUAUAAUAGACUAGGAGCAGCAACAUCCCUUCAACUCAUUCGAAUUGCGGUGGUAGUAAGUGGCAGGAAACCAAGUCCCAUCGCCUCCUGGAGCUAGCGUUCUCGAUUUCAACUAUCUAACGAACACAAGGUCGAACACACAUCACAAAAUGCCUUUCAAACCAAUUGAAAACCCCAAAUGCUCCAAAUGCGGAAAGUCUGUAUACGCAGCUGAAGAACGUGUAGCUGGAGGACUUAAAUGGCACAAAUCCUGCUUCAAAUGCGGUCUCUGCGGAAAGAUGUUAGAUUCCACCAACUGCUCUGAACACGAGGGCGAAUUAUACUGCAAAAACUGCCACGCCCGUAAAUUUGGACCAAAAGGUUACGGUUUUGGAGGUGGUGCUGGUUGUUUAAGUAUGGACACCGGUUCUCACUUGCAAGAAAAUAGCGACGUGGUCAUUUCAGGAGCACCCCUAAUUGCAAAGGCAAUCGCUAAGGCACCGGCCGGUGAGGGAUGUCCCCGUUGUGGAGGUUACGUGUAUGCCGCGGAACAAAUGCUAGCGCGUGGAAGGGGGUUCCAUAAGUCCUGCUUUAGAUGUAGGCACUGUAAUCGAACCUUGAAUUCAAUUUUGCAUUGCGAUGGGCCGGACCGAGAAGUUUACUGUAGAGCUUGCUACGCUGUACGCUUUGGUCCCAGAGGCUUAGGACAUGCGGGGGUAUCAUUCCUCGGGCUCAUGUGCGAUGCCUUGGAUCUAGAAUGGCAGAGCGACCAGGCGCCUAGGACAACCGUAAUUGAUACCGCCGUAAUUAAGGCCGCACCCGGACAAGGAUGUCCUCGUUGUGGCGGAGUUGUAUUCGCCGCGGAGGAAGUUUUGGCCAGAGGAAGACCGUGGCAUCGCAAGUGCUUCAAAUGCAAGGACUGUCAUAAAACUCUUGACUCCAUCAUCGCAUGUGACGGCCCUGAUAGGGACGUCUACUGUAAAACUUGCUACGGAAAGAAAUGGGGACCGCACGGUUAUGGAUUCGCUUGUGGUUCAGGAUUUCUUCAGACGGACGGCUUAACAGAGGAUGAAAUUUCUGCUUCCCGUCCUUUCUACAACCCUGACACUACAUCAAUUAAGGCCCCGCCUGGCCAAGGUUGCCCCCGUUGUGGUGGCAUGGUGUUCGCGGCCGAGCAGCAGCUUGCUAAGGGAACUAUGUGGCACAAGAAGUGCUUCAAUUGCGCCGAAUGCCAUCGGCCUUUGGAUUCAAUGCUGGCUUGCGACGGGCCCGACAGGGAAAUUCAUUGUCGCGCUUGUUACGGCAAGCUGUUCGGACCUAAAGGUUUCGGUUACGGCCACGCUCCAACCUUGAUGUCGACCGAAGGACAAUCGACGCUUUUAUUCCCCGAUGCUAGACCGAACAGCGGACGCAAGGCCGCUCCAGGAAAAGGUUGCUCUAGAUGUGGAUACGCGGUUUAUGCUGCCGAACAGAUGAUCAGUAAAAACGGAAUUUGGCACAAGCGAUGCUUCAGUUGCUCCGAUUGCGGAAAAUCUCUAGAUUCGACAAACCUUAACGAUGCACCUAACGGAGAAAUUUACUGCAGAGGUUGCUAUGGUAGAUCAUUUGGACCUAAAGGAGUAGGAUUCGGAAUGGGUGCCGGUGCACUGACGAUGGCGUAAAGGGCUUGGAUUUCCCCCCAUCGUAAAAACCUAAAAAAAUUAACUAAAAAAAACUACACGUUUAUUUAAAUUUAACAGGUGAUUUUAGUUUCUUUCCAAAUUACUGGAGCUUUUGUUUGCAUAUAUGCAGGUAACAUUUACAACGAUCGCUUUUGACUUGCUCGAAUUUUGAAAUUUUUUAGAAUCGUAUUUUUCAUUUUUUUUGUAUACUUACACGUUACGAUCGAAUCUGAUUAUGUAGAAAAUGAAGGAGAACUGUUAAAGAAUACUUGUCGGCAGACAGUACAUCUACGUUAUCCAGUGAUAUCAUCGAACGACCAGGUCAAACCUGACGUCUUUUUAUACAUAUCUACACUGGCC